GAGAGCAGGCUGGCCCUCUCUUCCUCGUCGUGCUCCUCCGCCCUCCUCCCCCCUCUCUCUCGCCGCUGCUUCUUUCCCCCACAAACUCCACACGCCACAGCGCAGGCACACGCGCCCCGCCCCGCCCUCCGCGUCUUUCACCCGAGCGCCACUCCCCAUGCCCUGCAUCCUCCGCGUGCCCCGCCACCGCGCGCCCGCAGCUUCCUCAUCCGCCCCCCUCGCCACCGCGACCGUGACGAGGCCUCCCAUGCCGGCCCCGGCUUCUUGAUUCGUCCCGCGCUUCCCGUGCUCCGGAGCCGCUCCUCUCGAUUCCGUCGCCGCGGCGCCAUGCCGCCGGUGCGCGGGGCCAAGCGCCGACGGAAGGCGGCGGCGGAGAAGAAGGCCGCCGCCGCAAUGGCAGCCGCCGCCGCCGCGGGCGCGGGCGGCCCGCCCGCAGACUGGUGGGACGGCUUCUGCAUGCGGAUGUCAGGAAUGUUAUCUUCUAUCGAGGAUGCACAAAGAUUUGAGUCUGUCUUUAAAAUGCCAAGAAGAGCUUUCGACUAUGUCUGCAGCUUGGUGAAAGAUGAAAUGAUGGUGAGGUCCAGCAGCUAUACCUUUCUUGAUGGGACAGUGCUUUCUUUAGAAGAUCGAGUGGCCAUCGCUCUGCGAAGGUUGAACUCUGGUGGGUCACUGGUGACUGUAGGAUCUUCUAUUGGCGUGAACCACUCGACCGUCUCGCUGAUAACUUGGAGGUUCAUUGAGGCCAUGGAGGAGCGAGCAAGCCACCACUUGCGCUGGCCAGACUCUGGCGAAAUGGAGAAGAUCAAAUCCAAGUUUGAGAAGAUCCAUGGUCUGCCAAACUGCUGUGGUGUUGUCGACACAACACACAUCACAAUGUGCCUUUCAUCAGCUGAACCGAAUUGUAAGGUCUGGCUUGAUCAGGAGAAGAACUACAGCAUGGUCUUGCAAGCUGUUGUUGAUGCAGAUACGAGGUUCACGGACAUCGUGACUGGGUGGCCUGGCAGCAUGAAAGAGUCGAGCAUUUUGCACAGCUCUGGCCUUUUCAAACUGUGCGAGAAAGGUGAGCGGCUGAAUGGCAGCAAGCUGAAGGUAUCGGAUGGAUCAGAAAUUGGGGAAUACUUGAUUGGUGACGCAGGGUACCCCCUUCUUCCCUGGCUCCUCACCCCGUACCAAGAAAAGGAUCUCACAGAGUCCAAUGCCGAGUUCAACAGGAGGCACUUUGCUGCAAGAACAGUCGCUCCGAGGACCUUGGCGAAGUUCAAGGACACAUGGAAGUUCCUGCAGGGAGAGAUGUGGCGCCCAGACAAGCAUAAGCUGCCCCGGAUAAUCCAUGUCUGCUGCUUGCUGCACAACAUAAUCAUAGACCUCCAGGACACAGCCAUUGAUGAGCAACGGGCAGCAUCGUGGAGCGACCACGAUGCGAAUUACAGGCAGCAGAUGUGCCAGUUAACUGACGAGAAUGGUGUCAGGGCACGGGACAAACUGUCCGAGCACCUGAUCGGCAGGUGACCGAGAGGAGGAAAACUUUGUGUGCAUGUGAAAUGAAAUAGGAAAGCACUGUUGUGCUUGUUUUCGCCUGAUGCCAGCAGCUCUGAAUCCUUUUUUAUGUUCAGUUUUGCAGAGUUGUAAGAGGGCAGAAGAGGGCAUCGGUCGUGACUAAUGGAACUCACUGUAAUCCUCUUGAGAGCUGUUGCAAACAUGUCAAAUCAAUCUGGCUCCUUUGGUUGGUUUAUCA